GUCAAAACUUCGUUUGCAUUUUUUGGUUUGAUGACUUGUGUUUUUAAUUUUUGAGCAAGAAUAUUCCGAAUUUAACGAAUCGAAAAUACAUUUUCCUACUAAGCGAUUCGUACCGUUCAUUCACAAUGGAGGCUUUGGCGACGGAUUCCGGUAAAAUUAUCAAAAUGGAAGUGGAUUACAGCGGAGCGUGCGACGAGAAAAUACCCGAAUGCCAGAAACUGGCGAAGGCCGGUAAACUGCACGAUGCCCUCGAUCAAUUGCUCGCCUUGGAAAAGCAAACCAGAACGGGAGCCGAUAUGAUAUCGACCGGAAGGGUGCUGGUGGCUAUUUGCCAGCUUUGCAAAGAGGCCAAAAAUUGGAGCGCCCUCAACGAGCACAUCAUCCUAUUGACCAAGAGACGAUCUCAAUUGAAACAAGCCGUGGCCAAAAUGGUGCAGGAAUGUUGCACGUACGUCGACGAAACGCCCGAUAAAGAAACCAAAGUGAAGCUCAUCGAUACUUUGAGACAAGUAACCGAAGGGAAAAUCUACGUGGAAGUGGAACGGGCUCGUCUGACGCACAAGCUGGCCAAAAUCCGCGAGGAAGAAGGCAACGUCCAACAAGCCGCCGAUAUCAUACAGGAACUGCAAGUGGAAACGUACGGCUCGAUGGAGAAACGCGAAAAAGUCGAGCUGAUCCUCGAACAGAUGAGAUUGUGCCUGGCCAAGCAGGAUUACAUUCGUACGCAGAUCAUCUCCAAGAAAAUCAACACGAAAUUCUUCGACGAAGAAAGCACGUCCGAUUUAAAAUUGAAAUACUAUCGAUUGAUGAUGGAGGUCGAUCAACACGAGGGCUCCUAUUUGGCCACUUGCAAACAUUAUCGUGCCGUACUCAACACGCCUAGUAUUAUGGCGGCGCCGGAAGAGAGACAAUCUGUAGCCAAAGCCGUCGUUUUGUUCCUUAUUUUAGCGCCACACGAUAAUGAACAAGUUGAUUUAACCCACCGAGUGCUGACCGAUAAAGUAUUGGAAGAAAUACCGUUAUACAAGCAACUUUUGAAGUUGUUCACCACACCGGAAUUGAUAAAAUGGUCGGGAUUGUGCGAUUUGUACGAGAAACCGCUGAAAGCCACCCCGAUUUUCGCCAAGAACGAUCAAGGUCAGAAGAGAUGGGCGGAUUUGAGAUCGAGAGUGGUCGAACACAACAUCCGAGUAAUGGCGAAAUACUACACGAGAAUAUCCAUCAACCGCAUCGCCGAAUUGCUGGAUCUGUCCAACAGCGAGACGGAGGAGUUCCUCUCGCAGAUGGUGGUGAGCAAGACCGUGCAGGCGAAGACCGAUCGACCGGCGGGCGUUGUGCACUUCCAACAGAGCAAAGACCCCAGCGACGUGCUGAACGAUUGGGCGCACGAUUUGACCCAACUGAUGCAGCUGGUGAACAAGAUCACGCACCUGAUCAACAAGGAGGAGUGCGUGCACAAGCACCUCCAAAGCACCAACGCUUGAUUCUGUCCGUUUCGAUGCGUUUAUCGGAUUAUAGAGUUGAUGUAAUUGAUUUUUUUUUUGUAACUCGAUGUUAAACUGGAGGUUUGUAAAUUUUUGUUUGUUU